ACUACCAGCCUCUGCCGUCUGCCCGUCUCCCUCCCAAGUCCCAAACUCCCAACUCCCAUCCCAACUCCCACAGUCGCACAGUCUCCCUCCCAGACUCCCUCCCUCUGCCAACGGCCCAGCGCCAUUCAUCAAUCAUCACCCUCGACUCCUCGAGCCUCGACAGUCGACCGGCCCAGCCUCCUCACUCCCUCCCUACUCCUCCUCAGCGCCAUUGAAGAUGGUUGAUUAGUAAUUUAAUUCUACACACCCGUCAUUGCCCAUCGGACUUGCUGCCUGCGUUUAUCAUUCCAUUUAUUUUUCUCAGAAUUCAGAAAAUGAAGAAAGGAUUGCACCCUCAGAUGCAAUGGAUAUCCUAUGUAACCCAGAGUGGUAGAUUGAUAAAUGUGAUGAUGAGCAAAAUUCACCGAGAACCAAAGGUUUAUCACUUCAGAGCCAAGCGUCAGAUGGCUCAAAGCUUGGGGCAGAUUGCCAAGUUCAAGCGUCGUUAUCAGCAGGACGAGCUCAAGGAUGAGGGGAACAAGGAAGAAAAGUAGGACCCUUAGCUCUUGUAGCUGACAUUAGCCUUGGUAUCCAUUGUUGAAAUAAAUUUUGGACCUGGCAUUAUAUGAUAUGAAUUUUUUUUAGCU